CCGUCUCUUUCUUUUUCACUUUCACCUUGUUCCCCAAGCGUUCUUGCGUGGACACCAAUUAUCAUCUCCGAAACCCCAAAACAAAAACAAAAAAAACUCCAAUAAACCCUAAAUCCCAAAUACAUAUUCGCAGAGAAGAAAAACCCCAAAUUUCUAAAUAUAGUAGAUAAUAAUGGGUGGGUCAUCGGAGACGAAGUUCUUGCAAGAACUGGUGCUUUACGCGGCGAGCGCCGCCCUGAGUUGCUUGGUGUUGUUCGCGGGGCUCCGACACCUCGACCCGAACCGGGAAGCUUCCAAGAAGGCGCUCGAGCACAAGAAGGAGAUCUCUAAACGCUUGGGUCGGCCUCUCAUCCAGACCAACCCUUACGAGGAUGUCAUAGCAUGUGAUGUUAUAAAUCCUGACCACAUUGAUGUUGAAUUUGACUCUAUUGGGGGACUGGAGGCCAUCAAGGAAGCAUUAUAUGAACUGGUGAUACUUCCCCUAAGGAGACCUGAGCUUUUUUCCUAUGGGAAGCUUCUAGGUCCCCAGAAAGGGGUCUUGUUGUUCGGACCUCCAGGUACUGGAAAGACCAUGCUUGCCAAAGCUAUUGCAAAAGAAUCUGGAGCUGUUUUCAUCAACGUCAGGAUAUCAAAUCUGAUGAGCAAAUGGUUUGGUGAUGCACAAAAGCUUGUGGCUGCUGUAUUCAGCUUGGCUUAUAAACUCCAGCCAGCUAUCAUAUUUAUUGAUGAGGUUGAUAGUUUCUUGGGUCAGCGCCGUAAUACAGAUCAUGAAGCAUUAACAAAUAUGAAGACUGAGUUCAUGGCUUUAUGGGAUGGAUUCACCACUGAUCAGAAUGCACGAGUGAUGGUUCUUGCUGCUACUAAUCGCCCAUCAGAACUUGAUGAAGCAAUACUCCGGCGUCUUCCUCAAGCAUUUGAGAUUGGGAUACCAGACUGCAGGGAGAGAGCUGAGAUACUGAAGGUGAUUCUGAGGGGCGAGAGAGUUGAAGACGACAUUGACUAUGUCCACAUAGCUAGCUUGUGUGAAGGUUACACAGGUUCAGAUCUUCUCGAACUAUGCAAGAAAGCAGCCUAUUUCCCUAUUAGGGACCUACUAGAUCAAGAGAAGAGUGGGAAAAAAUCUUCUCCACCAAGGCCAUUGUUUGAAUCAGAUUUGGAGAGAGUUAUUGCUACAUCAAAAAAGACAAAGGUAGCUGCUAAUGAAUACACUGGAUUGAGCUCACAAUCACCAGGGUGGUCGAGGAAUUCAGAAUCAGGUGAUUAUCCUGUUCAAGCUGCAAUAAGUGAGCUCUCUAAGCUUGUGGUUUCCCAAAUCUUGAAUAUUCAAUCAGAUGCCCAGGAACCUUGAAUUCAUCACAUUUGAAACCUACUCUCCUGAAGCAAAUUUGUUAUUUAGUCUAGAGCUGUAACUUUGUUAGUUAUAGAGAAUUACUAUACAUGUCUGAAAUUUGUUGAUGGGGUUUUCAUAUUUUUGGAUGUCUUCCAGAAUUCACAUUUUGAUGUAGCAAUUAGAACCAUCUUUUUAAUGCAGCUCUGCUUUCAGUUUCUCUC